GAAAUCGAACUCAGUGACUACUCAUGCUUCCGAUGCGAUAGACCAUCAACUGUCCAAGGUAGCGUCUUGCACCACAGCCGGUCCACCAUGUGUGGGAGAAUUGUGAGCGUCUACAAAAGUGAGGAUGGUUUGUGUGAGCAGCUGUGGUGUUCGAUCCACCUCAGACGCGGGGAGCUGCUCGUGGGUGCAUUUUAUCGCAGUUCCCUGAGUAGUUGUUUGGACUUGUUGCCGCAUCUCCGAAGCCACAUGAGUCGUCCCCAUGUUCUAGUCAUGCGUGAUUUCAAUUGUCCUCGGAUGUGCUGGACUGAAGUUGAACUUAUGCCAGGACAUUGCGAGGUCGAAACAAAAUUCGUACUUAGUAGUACUUGA